AUGACCAUGCCGCCGUCGCCGCCGGCGGAGGACGAGUCGGCGGGGGACCACCCGGGCGUCGCGGAGUGCCUGCGGCUGCUGGACGCGGUGCCCGCCGCGGCGGCCUCCUCCCCGGCGUUCCGCCGCCACUGGCCGUCCAUCUCCGCGUCGCUCGCCGCGCUGUUGGCGUCCCUCGCCAGCCCGGCCUUCCCGCCCGCCGCUCCGCUCCUGGCCCCGCUCGCCGCCGCGCUCCGCGCGCUGCUCUCCGUGUCCGCCGCGGGGGACGCGCACGCGCCCAGGCUCGGCCACCUCCACACCGUCUCGCUGCUCUCCUCCACCGCCGCCGAGCUCUCCCAGCUCGCCGCCGACGCGCGCCUCCUCGCCUCCGCGCCCGCGCCGGCCCACUCCUCCGCCGCCGCCGCCGCCGCCGCCGCCUCCGGUUCCGCCGCGGAAGACGCGCUCGUCUCCCGGCUCCGCCUGGGGUCCGCGGCCUCCCGCGCCGCCGCGCUGGAGGAGCUAGCGACCACCGCCACCACUCUGCCAGCGCCAUCCGCGGCCGCGGCCGUCUCCGCGGUGGCGGCGCUGCUCGACUCCGCCGCCGCCGGCGGCGGAGGCGACCUCCGCGAGCGCGCCGUGGCCGCGCUGGCCGCCCUCGCGGUCUCCGACGCCGCGCGCCCUGCCCUCGCGCAGGAGGCCGGCGCCGUGGUGCCGCACCUGUGCCGCGCGCUGGAGUCCGGGUCCGCCGCCGAGCACGCGUGCGCGGCGCUGCUCCCGCUGACGGCGUCGUCGCGGGACGCGGCGGCAGCCGUGGCCGCGCGCGGCGGGGUGGCGGCGCUCCUGUCCGCCUGCGCCGGCGGGACACCCGCGGCGCAGGCGGCAGCGGCCGGGGUGCUCCGCAACCUCGCGGCCUUCCCGGACCUCCUGCCGGCGUUCCGCGACGAGGGCGGCGCGGUGCCGCUGCUGCUCCUGCAGCUGGUCUCCCUGGGCACGCCGCGCGCGCAGGAGCAGGCGCUCGGGUGCCUGCAGCGCCUCACCGCGGGGGACGGCGACGAGGCGCAGCGGCUCAAGGUGGACGUCUUCCAGGCGGGCGCGCUGGCGUGCGUCAGGGACUUCCUCGACGGCGGCAGCAGCAGCAGCGGCGACGAGCCGCCGGGGCUGGCACCCGCGCUGGGGCUCCUCCGCAACAUGGCCUCGUUCCGUUACAUCGCCGAGAUUGCCGCCGCGUCCGGCUCCGGCGGCGGCGGCAGCUUCGUGGCGCACGUGGCCGCCGCGCUCGGCAGCGACCGGUCCGCCACGCGCACGGAGGCCGCGCUGGCGCUCGCGGAGCUCUGCGGCAACGCAGGAGGUGGCAGGAUAGGCAAGGCCGCGCGGCGGCAGCAGCAGCAGCAGCACUACGAGGCCAUCGUCGCGGACGCCGCCGUCCCGCGGCUGGUGUGGAUGCUGGAGGCGAAGGCCGCGGGCGAGCGCGACGCCGCGGCGCGCGCGCUGGCGGCGGUCCUGGCCGCGUCGAGCGCGUGCCGCAAGGCGUUCCGGAAGGACGAGCGCGGCGUGGUGAACGCGGUGCAGCUGCUUGGGGACCCGUCCGGGUCUGGCGUGGAGGAGAGGCGGUUCCCCGUGUGGGUGCUGCUGGCGGUGGCGCAGUCCCGGCGGUGCCGGAAGCAGAUGGUGGCCGCGGGCGCGUGCGGGUUCCUGCAGGGCCUGGUGACCGCCGAGGUGGAGGGCGCCAAGCGCCUCGCCGAGUGCCUAGGCAAGGGCAAGAUGCUGGGCGUGUUCCCGCGGACGUGA